GGGGAUCUAGAGAUCGAGCAGCAGAGGUACAAUCCGGGCGAAAUUCUUCGUGGUCAAGCCGCCAACAUGGCGGUGACGUCGGCAGCGCAAAGCGACGAGUAAACAGGCCAUGGGACCCGUACGACCUGAGAUAAAAGCAUUUUAUUCAACAAACUGGGUUGAUCGGUCGGGUGAAGGUAUUAUAUCUUUGACUUGUUUUCGGCACGUUCUGAGGCGGAUAGAUUCAGCGCUGUAUCGCUCACGAUAUCAUCGGGUUAUCCAUGUGUAUUGUCCCCACGGCCAAAAGUCAGUCCUAGCUGUAGUCUAUCGGCGAGAGCACGACCAUUUGCGUCUGAUGGGACUCGCUGGGCGUAGGCGUGUCAACAAGACUGCCGAUCGUGUGCGUGAGAGAAGCCGACGUGAUGCAGUUGAUGCUCGACUCGUUGCCUGUCUGUACUUCUGUCUUGACCUUGUGCUCGAUGAGGAGGAGCGCUCGAGGUAUUUAUCCACCUGGACUUCCCGUACGGCCCAGAAGCGUCGGUCGAAGGCGAUAUUGCUCAGGUAGAACGGGCAAGCUCAUGCUGAUCUCGUCGGUAUCUCCAUGGUAGAGAUGUAAGAAAUACCAGCUAGAAAGCGAUGUUUGCGUGAGAAGGUCGAUUACCAAAAUUGUUAUGCUUAAUCGUGGCAUAAUUGAAGAAGGGAGAGGAAUCACGCCCUUAUCUAGGCCUGGGCUUUAACUCGGGGCGGCCUCUACUACAGUUCUAAGUGCUACCCCGCCCAUCCU